CGCGCCGGGCGUGGGUGUGGGCGUGGGCAAGUAGAGCGGGCGCGGCGGGAGCGCGGGGCAGAGGGACGCUGGCUACCCUGGACAGCGCAUCUUCGCCCGCCGGGGUCGCCGCGCCUCAGCGGAUCAUGGAGCAUUUAAAGGCCUUUGAUGAUGAAAUCAAUGCUUUUUUGGACAAUAUGUUUGGACCUCGAGAUUCCCGAGUCCGAGGAUGGUUCAUGUUGGACUCUUACCUUCCCACCUUUUUUCUUACUGUCCUGUAUCUGCUUUCCAUAUGGCUGGGUAACAAAUACAUGAAGACCAGACCUGCUCUUUCCCUCAAGGGUAUCCUCACCUUGUACAAUCUGGGAAUCACACUUCUCUCCGUAUACAUGCUGGCAGAGCUUAUUCUCUCCAGUUGGGAAGGAGGCUACAACUUACAGUGUCAAGAUCUUGCCAGUGCCGGGGAAGCUGAUGUCCGGGUAGCUAAGGUGUUAUGGUGGUACUACUUCUCCAAAUCAGUAGAGUUCUUGGACACAAUUUUCUUUGUUUUGCGGAAAAAAACCAGCCAGAUUACUUUUCUUCACGUAUACCAUCAUGCCUCCAUGUUUAACAUCUGGUGGUGUGUUUUGAACUGGAUACCUUGUGGGCAAAGCUUCUUCGGACCCACCCUGAACAGUUUCAUCCACAUCCUCAUGUACUCCUACUAUGGCCUUUCCGUGUUCCCGUCCAUGCACAGGUAUCUCUGGUGGAAGAAGUACCUCACACAGGCUCAGCUGGUGCAGUUCGUGCUCACCAUCACGCACACCAUGAGCGCAGUGGUGAAGCCCUGCGGCUUCCCUCUGGGCUGUCUCAUCUUCCAGUCUUCCUACAUGCUGACGUUAGUCAUCCUCUUCUUAAAUUUUUACGUGCAGACAUACCGGAAAAAGCCAGUGAAGAAAAUUAUGGAAGAGCCACCUGCUGGGAAAGAAGUGAAGAAUGGUUUUUCCAAAGCCUACUUCACCACCACUAAUGGGGUUAUCAACAAGAAAGCACAGUAAACGUCAAGUGACAGACAAAGCAUAUAUAAUAGCCUAACAGAUUCGCUUGUUUUAAAGCAAAGACUGAAUUGAAAGUUAUAUAUGUUUUAGCAUAAACUAAUUUCUUUUGAGUUUAUAAAUCAUUUGUACCUGGAAUGUAUUAAUAUAUUGCUAUUAGGUUAAUCUGUUAACUGAAUGCUUCCGUCAGCACACCGCGUCACCUCAGACCUGGUGCAGCUUCUCUGUCCUCCUCCCCAUAAACUGAACCCCUCACCAGAAACUGUCUCUGUAACGCCUUAAACACACGCAAAGCCAGGAAACAUGGAGCCUUGUUUUCUGAAGCCAGUCUUCAAAUAAAAUGUUUUCUUUAAAAUGUUGAAAACAAAAUGUCAAUUACCUUCUAACUACAGGGUCUUCAUCUAUAUUAAGCAAUAAUCGCUUAGUCCUUAUUAAGCAAUAAAGUCAUCAGUGCAUUUGUCCCAACCCCAGAAAAUAUUAAAAUGGAUUAUACACAGAAAACAGGAAAACCUAGCAAAACUUUGAAGGUAGUGUAGGAAUUUGACAGACUCUAAGUCUCAACUUAGUGAUAUGGUAAUGAAAUCUGUAUUUUAUUUUGACAAUUCCUUUUUCUAAGGAGGAAAAAAACCUUCUGCCAAAUCCUCCUAGCUCAGGGGCUUCGGAUAGGAAUCGUUCCUCUGUUUUAUUUUGGUUUCCGUGACUAUUCAUAUAUUCCUGUCACCUUCUAUGUUAAAUUUCCCCAGGUUAUGUUGUGAACAGACACCCUGCUCAGCUCUGAAAGCAGGAUCUAAAUCUGGCUGCCUGUUUCCUUUCUUAUCAAGGAAUCUUCCCUUUUCCCUAGAAGGAGAAGGCACUGGAAUAUUUAUAAAUUAGAGCCGUUGGGGCAAAACAGAUGUUGAGUUGGCCCGCUACUUCUUGUGAGCCUGCUUGUGGAUAAUACCCCCAAACACUGCUGUCACUCUUUGUAGGUUAACUUUUUGGGAAAACGGGAAGAGGAGGAUGAUGCAAAGAUUCCAGCGCUGAGCCAGGGACUGGUAAUGAACCUCAGUGAAAAGUGCCAGUUCGGCGAACUCUGCACAUCCCUUCCCUGCCCAGGUAACACGCUUUCUCCUGAGAACAAGCACAAAAGCAGAGGAGAGCAGCAGUAAUAUUUUUUUUUCUAAGUAUUAAACCUUUACUGUUCACUUGCACCAAGAACGGAAACAGUUUUUGAAGAUGCGAGGAAGAUUUUUACCCAUAAGACUUGCCACUUUAGACAUUUUCUUUUUCCUUCCUUUUCUUUAAAACAACUUGUAGUUCAUAAUGUUGAGGUCAGAUGUGCAAGCGCCGGAAAGGCGCGCUUACUGCUGUCUGGGCCCGACGGUCUGUCCGGAGGUGCCUUUCUGUCCUUCUUGGGCCCUCGAUUUCCAGUGUUAAAAUUCUUUUCCCUGUUUAAAAAAAGCGCGCGGACUCUGGUACGACACAGACCCCGGUGGUGUUUUCCCCCUUCCCGCUCCUGUCCGCUCCCCUCUCCGGACCUGGCCUGCUUUGCGGAAGGUGACGGCGCCGCGGGCCCCUGGUCCGUUUUUACCCAACACGCAUUUCUGACGCCCACUUACUCUGUAUUUACUCUUCUAAAAAGUUGUUGAAAACUGAUUUUUCUAGGCCGCUUCAUCCCCACUUCCUUCCAUCCCGUCCUAACAGUAUUGCUCUGAGUUUCGUUCUCUCCCAGAAACUCGUUCCAAAAGAAGGGCCAGCCUCUGGCUCCUCCUCUGCAACAAAACGCGGGUUGGACUAAGCCCCUCAGAGGAACUGGACUCGAGUUCAGUUUUAGGUCCCAAGGGAGGCCUAAAAAUCUGUUCUCAAAGUACAUCCGGAGGGGAAAGUGGGACCCAGGGAGAAGCCGGACCUCACCCGGCGCGCUUCCGUCUCUGAGUUUACCUGCCGCUUUGCGGCUUCCCUGGACUUGGUCCUGGCCGAGAAAGGAGAGAAGCCAUCCUUCAGCGGAGUGACCCAGCCCACCAGCCCUAAGUAGAAGGCAGGGGGAAACCUCUCAAAGGGAAAAACUUGGGUAGUUUGCACUUCCCAGCUCAACCUAGAGGCUUCAGGACCCUGCUUCCCAUUUGGUCUUUAGUUCUAAUCAAACACUUCUAGCCUUAAACCAUUCAAGGGCUGAUACAAAUACACAGAGCUCUGAGAUCUUAGCCACAAAAAACUGGAUCAGGUGACUAUUGUAACCGGUCAUUAAGUGUUGAAACUUUAAAAAGCAAAAUGUCUACACUUAAUGUGAUUUUUUUAAAGUAGUUUAAAAAAAACAGCCUAUAUAUACUGUUAGAAAAACGAAAACUUUGUUCCCGAAUUUCCUUUUACUCUUAAUAAGAAUGAAAAUAUAUACUAUAAGCACAUGUUAAAAAUUCUAAUUUUUUUUUAAGCAGAAUGUUAAACGGAAAUGAAGUGACAUUUUCAACCCAUCACCAUGAUAUAUUGAAGCAUGUAGGCAUAUUGAGAGAGAACGUCCUCCCUAACCCCAUUAGAGAAGUAUUCCUUUUUAUUUGUGAAACAAAAAUGAUACUCAUUGUGAUGGGCAGAACAGCACUUUGUAGGUAAGACACCAUUCUGAUUCUGUUUCUGGGGACUUCCUUAUUUAGAAAAUGGGGAUGUCACUUUUUGGUUUUCCUUUGAAAAUACUUGAGAACAUAAUAUCAUGAUGGGGGUGGACAGGGAGGCAGGAAAAGCCAUUUUUCUUUGUAGAUAGAUAAGCAUUCUGUAUGAUUGUAUAAUAAAUUGAUUUUUACACUAAAGCAAAGCAUGUUGAGAUUGUUCUUAUUUGGUUCAAAGACAUUAAAAUGUGUGCCUGCGUGGUACUCCAAAUGACUUAUUACUCAGGAAUUUUUUUUUAAUAAAGGGAUAUUUUAGCAAUUAA